AUGGUGCUCAUUCUCGCUAUAGUAGAGGAUGAUGAGGCUACCAAGGUGGAAAAUAAGGGCAAACGGUACCAACUGACAACGUUCGCUGGUCCAACGGCGGUUUACUAUGAUACCCGACAACCGCCUCCAGAGCCCGAGGCUGUGAAGGAGGCAAGGCAGGACACCUCAACAGAUGCUAGCGCCGGCUCAUUCUUCCUAAUGCCCUUUGACGGUAUCAUGGAUGCUUCCGUGGAGGAAGGGGCGUCCAGCUCGAGCGAGGAGUGGAACACGCUCGAAGUACUUAUGUCUGAUGUAAGUUCGCGCGUAGCAUCUCGGGAGAACGUCACAAUAAUUAAUCGUGGUGUGAAUGCGGAGAAGUUUCUUGAGAAAGUUCUCCGGGUUAUUCAAAAAGCAGUUGAAAGAAGCGCCGAGAACGCCAUGCACAUCGUUGCCGAUGGAAUUGCCAAGGAAAAACAGAUGCAACGCCUUCUGCAGUUGGAAAAUGAAGUAAACAAACCUCAUUCGCGGGACGUUGUACGAAAGUUAGCUGAUGGGGAUAAGAAUACCAAGGCCACAAUACGCCUGUCCGCAAAACUGACGCGAAGUUUGAAGGCGCUGGUAAAGGAGCACAAAUUCCUUCUUGGUCCUCGGGGAAAGGCCACGGAACGUUUCACUAUUUUGACAGCAACGCACCGUGGGGAACUGAUACCUCCGUGCACUAAGGGGUCUUGUCUCGGGUGUAGAUCUCCUUAUCAAGCGGCGCAUAGUCGAUUCGACAGUGCGACGACAUCACUAAGACGAUUGAGGGAGGGCGGCAGGAGCUCCCAACAGAGCGCCCGCUUGAAACGAAAGUCAACGCUCAUUGCGCUGGAAAAUUUGGAAAGUGAUGUCAACCAGGAGCCCAUCCGACCCCUAAAGGGAAACGGAUGGGGCGAUGAGAUGCAGUAUUUCGUUUUUGACGGCGCAUCAUCGUUUAUUGCACUACCUGGUAUACCGAAGUUUGAGGACGUCAUCAAAAGUUUCAAGGUGGACUUUUGGUUCAAGAAGAAUCCUGAGUGGACAGCACCCAAGGCAACACUCAUCCACAUCGACGACGGACGCCUAGAUGUUGGUCAGUUAUUCGAGAUCUCGUGGGUUCAGAGGGAAGACGUCAGCGAGGGUAUUUGCAUUUACAUUCGAGACGGAACGAACCGUGUUCUAGAUUGUUUGCUUCCUGUUGCACUUAACCAAUCACCAGGUGGCACCACAUCAUUUCAUCACUUUGUACUCCACGUGCAGAGCCUGGAGGAGAGUAAGUUGAACUGCAUAUUCGAUGGAACCGUGGUCCAGCUAACUAUUGUGCAGCAAGAAAAUCCUAUAUUUUUCAAUGCGUGGCCUCAUCGCCUUUACGUUGGUGGCCACCUGGACGAAACCAAUGCCGUGAAAAAUGUAUUCAGCGGGUCCAUCUGUGAGGUACGCUUCGGCGUGCAAGAUGUAGACGGUUAUAGGCCCUUGGUGCGUUGGCCACUGAUGGCAAGCGACGAAAAGCAACAAGAGAUGACGCGAACUAUUCCCCCUGAACAACUCGGCAUGCUGAAAGGCGUCGAACCAGGUUGUGGCCCACCACCCUCCUGUGCUCCGCAUUUGGACGGAAACCUCGUGGUGAAUCUGGGCACAUUAGGUAUUUUAGGGGAUUUGCUACACAAUUGGACUGUAGAAAUUAGAUUUAAAACAGAUGUAGACAAUAGAGUUAUGAGCUUACUUGGUGUGACAGACAAACAAUGCAGAAUGCAGGGAUUCGGUAUCGUGUUCAAUGCGGAGCCAGCGUUCGGAAGGGAGCGCUACCGCUUUCAUGAGUAUAACAUUACGCUAUACCUCGUGGACUCGCUAGGCGCUUGCUGCUCGGCGUUACUGAGAGGAAAUGAGCACACAAACUUUAUGGAUGGGCAAUGGCAUACUUUGGUUUGGAAGUGCAUUGACAGUGAGGCCAACGCUUAUUCAGUGAAAGUUGACGGCACACCGCAAGAGCUGUUCUACCUGGUGCGGGAGGGACCAGGGAAAUUUAUACCAUUCGAUGAUUGGAUCUGUCUCGGUGGCCAUAACGUGCGUAGCUACAGAGUGCAGUGCCCUUUCUAUGGUGAAAUCUCCCGGUGUUUCAUCUCCGCACGCGGCGUGCCGCUCGCGACGUUGGUGAUGAAUGAGGGGCCAGGCUCAUAUGUGCUGCAAGACUCAAGCGGCCGGUGCAACCACGGACUACUGAUCAGUGAAAAAACAUGCGCAAUUCGUCGUCAUGAUGUUUUUUGGUACCCGUAUCUGGAGGAAACACACGAAGAGGGGCAAGAUACCACUGCGCAGGAUGAAGUUUUCAUCCACAUGAACAAUGCUGUUUCGCUGGCUGCGGUUGUGUUCACAUGCGAAUUCAGCCAAUCAGGUGUUGUGCGCGAGGUACCAUAUGAUGUGCUAGCCGGUGCUUCUGUGGAACUGAGGGUCGUCGAGCAGCACAUAUGUGACGCUCGGCCGGAGUGGAAAACGUGGAGGGCACUGCCCGAAAGUUGUUUCAGACAUGUGGAGACCCUUGUUCAGUUUGAGGAGAUAGUCAACGAAGCACUGUCCUUGGAGAAGCCCGUUGGUCAUUUUAUGUUUGUCAUCAGAAUUGGCGAUUGCCACGUAACUCUUCUCAACCUGCACGGUCCCGUGCUUCCACCAGACGCCACAUUCAACCAAAGUAUGCUACGGUGGCAGUAUGCUUAUGCGGUGGCGGGUACCAAAGGGCGCAGAGAAAUCAUGCUAAACCAUAUGAUAAACAGUGUGGACUCCGUUCUUCUUUCUGACACCCUAAAGCCCUUCACGACAUGGAAACUGGGACCUAUAACCGUGAGCGGAAAGAGCAUCGUAACUGAGGACCUUGUUCGUUCCCUGCAGAACAGCGGGAAGCCGUGGCUUCUUAGCGCCGUGCUGCACAAUCACUUACUUAACGCUGAAUUCGGUUCCAGUCUUCACAUUAUUCAUCAUCUAUCUGGUCGUGCAACAGCCGAUGAGGCAGCCUCCAUAGCAUUAUUUAACAGGCGCUUGUACAUAGCGACAUACGAAAGGGCUGCAGUUCUGAUUCAGAGGAACUGGAGAGCACAAAUGGGUCGAAUGGAAGCGCUGCGCCUGGCUAAUGAGAAACAGGUUCAGGAACGUCGGGUUGAAGAGAUCGCUGUGCUUCGAGCAAACCCUCUCCUCAAGGCUAGGGAAAGGUUGUCUGCGCUGCUCAUCUCGCUUCAUGAUAUAGAAGCGGAGUCGAUACCGUCAAUAAAUGAUAAUCUAGAGGAGUUGUCGUCGAUGCUGAGGCGACAGGGUUACGAAGUUACUCACCUACUCAACCCUGAAAGAGUGGCCAUUACUAAGUCGAUCGCAGAACUUGACCAAAAUGCGACGUCAUUUGUGUACGUUAGUGGUUACGGUGGAAGGAUGGAGAUACGCCAACCCAUCCUAGUUUCUCUCCACAGCCUUCACAUAUCUAUUUCAGAGGGGAGCCAAAGGGCUCACAUUGACCUCGAGCGUGGGCUGGGCUACCGGCAAAUGAUACAAAACUUCCGCGAGACCAUGCCACAACCAAAGGCUCGCAAGUCGAAAAAGAAGCAAGUUGUCAUAAUGAGCAAAAAAGCGACGCAGGAGGCUGAAAUGGCAGCUCGGCAAAGGGAUGAAAUGUUCCGUUGGGCGGUGGCGGAGACAGAGGAUGAGGAAGCAAACCUUCGCAUGGCGUGCGAAGCAGAAUACGAUACAGAAGUUCUGAUGAUCAUCCGGGAGAUAAAGCUAGCCAUCGAAUCUACGGAGGAAUAUGAACGUUUGUACAGGCAAAAUGAGGCGGGAAUGAACUUCAUUCUGCCGUGCGAGAAUCUUUUUGUCAACCCGUACGCAAACACACUGUGCGAGGUCGGGGAGCUUAUGCAGCUAAUUUUCCAGCGACAUAUGACGCCUGUAGGGUUGCAGCGUGUUGUUGCCUUCGAUUUGGAACCUAUCACUCCGAUGACCUGUGGUUUUGCUUGCUUGGCAAGCAGCACGGGCAACACGUUGCGAUUCCCUUACAAACCACAACAGCGGCGUGUUUUCACUGACAUCCUGAAGAAGGCCUUCGAUGGACGGUUGCCACGUGUUUCGGCUCACACAAAGGCCGCUAUACUGCGGGGGGGUAUUGAGACUACUGCGGAGCAGCGAGACUGGAGGUCUUUGGCCACCUACGUAGUGUCACAGAUGCAGUCUGUAGUCGAUGAGCAAACGUAUGCCGCGGCGAGGAAGGAGCUCGACCGCGAGUUGCCAUUUACUGCAGAGCUCAUCCCCAUUCACACCUGCCCACUAGACUCCGAUGCACGCGACAAACUGAGACGCGAGAGGGACUCAAAGGAAGUUCAUGUCGUCAUGCGAUUUGCGGUAGGGAGCGCUGUCGUUCAGCCGGAUAUGUUCAGUGUUUUCAAGAACAUUCUGGUGCAAGCCGGCCCCCUGAAGGAGAUACUCUUCAAAAGAACGAUUUACUUCGUGUUGACGCAGAACAACAAGGGUAUCGACGGUAUUGUCAUGGAAGCUGUGGAAAGUGAGGUAGAGAAGUGUAGGCCUCAAGAAUGUAACGUCGGUAUUCGCCUCACAGCCUGCGCUGCUGGUGUUCGUGUUAACUUUGAAGACGACGACCCCGCGCAAAAACAGAACAUUACGCACUGGGUAAACGCUAUCGUUAUGCGAUGUUUGUCAUGGCGGCUUCCUGUUAACCCGCUUUUCGGCUACCGCACGCUGGAUGUGGAUCAUGUGGCAUAUCUUUAUGAGGUAAAGUGUACGUGUUCCGUACGCAAGUUUCGUCGUUUACAGAAGCAGCAGCACAAAGAACCAAUUCCGAUCCCAUAUGUACGGUUCAUGGAAUGUGAAAUUGCCACUGCACCGUGA